AGUCGUGAAAGUCGUUCACUGUGUGGGGUAGUUGUGUAAGAAGAGAAUUGUUAAGAAUAUAGUGGAUGUGGAAUGGAUGGCCGAAUGUGCUCGGACGAUUCGCGAUAGCUCUCUCUUUUACAUAUCAUUAAUUAAAUAAUCGACAGCAUAAAUCAUUAUCAUCUACAUGACAAAAUGUCGGGACAGGGUUCACAGCGGGUUCCAAAAUCGUCGCCUUGCUCCUCAUCAAAGCAGGGUCCAAUGAGAGCUACACUGCCCAUGUCGUCCCUUUUGAGACAAGGAAGUAAUAUCAGAAAAAGUAAAAGCAACAGCCCUACGUUAUCGCCAACGUCCGCCUGGAAAACGAGAAUAUCACCGGAGGCUUCUUUAUCGGGUCAAAGAAGCCCCGGAUCUUUGAGUUAUAAAGGCAAAUCGAAAACCUUAAAUUCUCGUUCAAGUCAUGGGUUUAGUGGCAAUAACGUCAUUCGACGUACAGCUUCCUUGGACACAAUAUAUUUGAAAGGACAGUGGCCAAAAGAAAGUUUCUACAUGUAUUGUGGCCAUCUCCUGGUAGACAAAGCCACACAGACGGAAGAGUGGACCAGUGAACAAAGAAAGUCAUAUAGGUAUUCAGAAUCUGGAAGUAAUGAAGAUAAAUUAGAGAAAUAUAUAAGGCAUAGGUUGCAAAGAACAAAUAAGGAAGGUACAAGUAGCCGUGAGAGGACUGCUGCUUUUGGUUUGAUCUUGCAACAGAGUACAACAGUACCCCUUAGCGAGCAUGCGCCAACAUUGCUGCCUAGUACGGGUACGAACACCAUGCCUGCCACUGCCACAGUGAAACCAAUAGUGCCUCGGCCCACAAUGAGGAGUUCGAUAGAGGGGCUGAACCAAGAGAUAGAGAGGCUAGUGCUGAAAGCUGGAGGCGGUCCACAGGAUUCUGAAAGGGAAGAGGAGAAGUUGCAGACAUACCAAGCGACACCAGAAGGACACCGAGCGCCACUGGCAGAUCUGCUGAGGUCGACACGUUCAGUCAACACGCAGACUCCAGCUGGUGGUGAUUUUACAGGGAGUUCUCAAUCUUCAGGUGGCAGUAGAGGAUCAUCUCCAGACCAAGAAACUAGCCGGCUAGGUACUUCACCGCACAUAAACAAGUUCCUCGCAAGGGAGCCCCCCGAUGGCUGUGAAAAAGUAAACCUUAAGUUUAUAGAAGAUACAAGGCCAAUGAUAGACUUAACAAAAAUGGAUUACUGCCCCCUGAAGCCCUGUGUUACUUUCGAGCUGAAACCGAGUCUGGGCUCAGCUUUCUACCCACCACAGCAGCAACGUGCUGAUAAUGCGAAUGGAGAUAACAGUCCAGCAGUAGCACCAACUACUGAAGAUAUGAGUGAGGCUGACAGUUCAGCUGCUGGGCCCAGUGACAUCACUGAUGCUGCUCCAGUGCCUGCAGCAUGCUCGUCAGACGAUACAGCACCAGAAUCGGCGUCUGCACCUGUUCCAACGGACACUGUCUAGGCAGAUGACAUUUGAGCAUUUGGAGCGGUCCUCUGCCCGCUCGACACUUUUCCCAAGCAUAUCUCCCAAGAGUAACCCUUCAGCAUGCAAGCAUAAUUAUCAAAUUGUUAGAUGAUGGUCCAAGAUGGAUCUCGCUUUCUGUUAGAAAACCAGUUUUUUAAACCAGGAAAUGUGAAAAUUGUCUUAGAGCACUUGAUGUACAUGAUACAGACUUUGGAAGGAGUGUACAAAUCCACUUCUAUUAUUAACUGGCAUUCCAGUUCAUUGGUCAAAUUAUGGCGUGUGCAGACAGUUUCUUCACGCAAUUUAAGUUUUGAGAAUUUAUUUUUUAUAUUGCUUUCUGUGUGCUAGUGUGUUUGAUCAUCUUCAGCUGUUAUGGUUCAUCAAAUAUCCUUUUAGCUGGUAUUGCUGCUGCAGUUUUGGUUUGUGCCCUUCGAUUUCCAUGUUGUUACAUUCCUACAGACGACUUUUGCUUUUGUGAAUGGUAUUGCAGCAGCACGUUAAAGGAUGAGUGCCUUAUGAAUGAAGUUGUUUGCAUUUAACUGCAAAGCUUGUGCUUCAUUUAUGUGUAUAAAAUGUGUGUGUGUGUACAUAAUGACAGACUGGAACUGGAACUUCAGUUGGUAAUAUGAAGCUGGACAUUUCAAGGGAUUUCUCAUUUUGUGUGAUGGCAGUGAGCUUACUGUUGGCUUAAGUUUUUUUGAUGAUGUGUGAGAAUUUUUUGUGGGAGUGAAUAAUAAUGAUUUGAGAUGAAAACAUGUUUUGUGUAAUUUAGCUCUUGAUUCAUUGGUACUGCAGCAGGACUGACUGAAUGUUUUACACACACACACACACACACACACACACACACACACACACACACACACAGAGUGGAAUCUUGAGACUGAAGAGUAGUAAAGGUUAAUCAUUAGUUGAAAAUUGAUGCAGUUGUUUCUUGUUACUGGUGAAUGUACAGCUUAAAAAUAAGUGGCAUUUUCCAGCAUGUCAUACAUAAAGUAAGAUGUAAAUAUGUUCAUUACCAAUAUUGUUUAAUGUUACUAAUGCUUUAAUGAGCAGUACCCCUUUCAAAAUUUGAUGUUUUCAGUCUUGCAGGUUACCAAAUUACUGAUAAGAGAACUUUGUGUUAAGUUUGUAAUAAAACAGUGUACGUCCUUUCAUUACAGACCAUCCUUUUAUAGCAGAUUGCAAAUUAAAUAGACAUUGAAGUACAGACAACUAAUCCAUUUUUUAAUCUGUUGGUCACAUGUUUCCAAAUGCUUCAUUAUUAUAUUUCAAUUUCCAUAAACAAGCAGUGUGUGCCUCAUUGCACCAUUCCUUCAUACUAGCACCCUGCGGACUAGUUGGUUUAAAAUAUUUCUUGCUAUUUACAAGUUUACCCAAGAACUCCUGCUAUGAUAGGGUGUUUAGUCUCUAUCUGAUACUGCUUUCCUGGUUCAUUUUCAUGUUCUUUAUGUAGUAUGCAAUUCUUACUUUUCCAAACAUGUAAAUGUCAUUAAUUUAUCAUCCAGUAUUACUGAAAUACAGCUUCUACUUUAGUUUCUAAUAGUUAACAUUCAUUCCCAGUAUUGGUGCCACCAGCCUUUAUAAUUCUGCGCGUAUCUGCUCAACCAAAACUAGAAACCCUUUUACUGAAGAUUUUUGUUUAAUCUGAAAACAUUAACAAAAAACAAUUUGCCAUGACUGUACUUUUGGGGCUAAAUAUUUUAAAAAGAAACAAUUGCUAAUUCUUAAAAAAGUGAAAAAGUGUAUUAUUGAAGAGUUUUUGUGUAACCUGUUAUUGAAAGUGUCCAUUGAUAGUUAGUUUUUGGGGGUAGUGUGAUAAAAGUAACAUGGUUUCACAAAACACUUUUAUCAGUUUACAUAUUUUUAAAAAUCUGCCUUGUGAAGAUGUUUGUUUGCCAACAAAUUUUCAAGUAUUUAGCACCAUAUAAAUGUCACUUCACAGCAUAGCAAACAUGUACAGAUCACUUAAUAUCAGGUGAGUUUGGAACACAAUACUAUGAAGGGACUGAUCCUCAGGUCACAGAUUUCCACUGGCUCUUUAUAUUAUAAAGGAAGGUCCAUACUUAUAUGUUUAGUAAAAGGUUUUCUACAAUUUCGCCAAAAAAGUCACUGAGUUGACUACAGUGAAUAAAGAUGAACUAUUAAGGGAGUAAGAAUAUUUUAUUCAAUUGAAUUCAUUCAUUCUUUCAUUCAUUAAUUCUUUCAGUUGUAGCAAACAGUGUGAACCAUUAAGCUACCAGAAGCUAAUUGACAUGAUCUCUGCUCUGGAGGAGUUAACAUUUUUGAAGCAAAAUAUAUAUACAAUGAAAACUGACUAAUUUUAGAAUGUAUUCCCAAAGCUGAAAUGAAUGUUGAAAACAACUAAAGCUUCAGAAGCCUCCAUUUUAUAUUGAUUUCUGAAAUAGAAUAAAAAUAGGCCACAGAAAUUUUUUUGGUUCGAUGGUUCAUCUUCAGUAUCAUACCUUUGUUGCUAUGAUAUGCUCUUGUGUCUGAACAUGUUUGGGAUAGGUGAUAUACAGAAGCUGAUACAGAAUUUUUCCAUUUAUGAACUUGCCAGAGAUUUAUUGGGAACUGAAAACAUGUACAAUGCUAUUGUAAGGAUUUCAUUAUUAUAAAACAAUUUAUUUCAUUCUUCAGAUUGGGUACUACAAUUUAUUAUGUGACUGUCAAGAAAGACUUACGUUCUGUCCAGAAACUGAACACAGAAGAAAGCAGAUGAAGUGACAUCUUGAUUGAUGUGACAUAUUUUGAUAGCUCAUUUGGAAAAGAACUUCAAGCAAAUUAUAGAGAUUCAUUGAUCAGUUUGUCCAGCACACAUACACUUAGAACUAUGACAAGUGUAUGAUUUGGCUUAAAAAUGUCACAUAUUAUAAAAACAGGUAGGAUUUCUUCACUGUAAUAAGUGACAACUUGCCAGUGUGAAAACACUCAAGUUAGGAAUAGCAAGAUUAGCUGAAUAGAAAUUAAGUCACUCACUUUCAUAGGAAAGUACAAAAUCAGUUGUUUAUUAAUCGCUGUCUAAUUUGUCAUACAGUUAUCAUAUAUUACAUCCAUUGGUUUGAUUUAUGUUUGUAUUAAAAGGGUGCUUUGCUUCUUGCCUGUAAGCACACUGUGUUAGCUAAAAACUUCUCACUCCUUGCACAUAUUGUCCUAGAUGUCAGACGAUUUAAUAAACGGACAAGCAUUUGGUCUUCCAUGAAUUAUUGUUCGAAUGAUUGUCGCCGAUUCUGAAUUAGUCGUAUAAAUAAUUGCUGAUAUUGGUAUCACUUAACUAAGAUGGAUAACUUUCAAAAAAUUAAUGAAAGAAAAGAUUUUCAAGCAACAGUGACAAUUUCUGCAAUAAUUUGAUCUUGUGGAAGUAGCUCAUUUGAUUAUUUAUAUUACUUUUGAGGUAACACAGCAAAAACUUUUUUUCUGAGUCUAGCUGUUCGUUUGCAGAAAGAAAUAAUUUGCAUACAAUUUUGUGAUAGUGACAGUAUUUUUACCUUCAGUUUCUCAAAAAUAAACUGUCAUCUUGCAGUUCUGUAUUUAGUCAUUUUGUUGGAAAUAGUGUUGGUCAAGUGUUUAUAAUUGUUCUGCACCCUUAGCAUAUUACUGGUUUCAGAUCACUGUUAAUAGUAAUUACAUGUAACAAAGAGGACUGUUCAUUGCAAAAAAGUUUUGUUAUUACUUAGUUGACUGUGUACAGGUUGAGAACAUAAACUACAUGAGAGCUGUUAUUGAUUACUGAGAUCUGUCAGUAAAAGUCUCCAUUUCAGUUCUUCAAACAAUAAGGCAGGAAGCUUACAGCUUCAUUCAGAGCUCUUGAUCUUUCAAACUGAGUUCUAGAAAAAGUCAGUAUGGUACAUCAUCUUCAUAUAUCUUUAUUAUGGUGUUUCACUUGAUUUUCACUAUUACUACUUGGUUCCUUGUUUCAUACCACUUCUAUUCAUCAAGCAAGAAGAAAUGCUCUUUAUUUGCUCCUUGUUUCGCCCCUAGUCAGAUAACUUCAUAAAGACUUAGAGUUUAUAUUGUGGCAAUUAAGGUAUUAAACAUUCCACUGACCAUGUCCCAGUGUUGUAAACCAUAUUUUAAGAUAGUGAAGAGCACAGAUACUUUCAGCAAUGGCUUAAAAUUUGUCUUCAACACAAUCAUGAUUUUUAAGAGGAGGAAACAUUUAUUCUUUGUCAAAAUUCCAGUAGAUGUGGAACACCUUCAGCAAGCUUUAGGUUUCAGAAUUGACUCGUGUAGUUUCUGUAAUAGGCUAACCUGCAUGCCUGAAAACAUAUAUAUAAAGACUGGAAAGUUGAAUUUUCAAUAUGAGGAAAGCUGCAGUGAAAGUGGAUUAAGUUUCCACUGUUUGGUACAAUUUCAGGCCACCCAGAAAGCACCUGUCAGUAGUCCAGAAGAUUUAUGUUAAAACACACAACUUCUGUUUUACUUUUAUGUAUUUAAAUUGCACAAAUGCAUUGUGAAAUGUACAUAGGUGUGUGUGUGUGUGUGUGUGUGUGUGUGUGUGUGUGUGUGUGUGUGUGUGACGGAAUGAAUGAAUGAAUGAAUUUGUACACAUUCCUUUAUGUUGUGUUUUGUCUCUUUUGUUGAUGUAUUGAUAGCCUUAAAUUUUGUUUUAAACUUCCUCAUGAUUAGCUUUUCCUUAGACCAGUCGUGUGAAUAGCCAUGGUAUUGUUAAAACUUAAAUUCUGCAACACAUAUAGAAAUUACGAUAAAAACUAUCACAUUCCAGCCUACUGUUUUUUGUCGUCUCAGAAUAUUUUAUCUCUCACUUUGGACAGAACAUAAUAAUAAUUACUGUAACUUAAUUUCAUA